AUGGCGGAGCCGCGAGGCCGGCGGAGGAGCUUCCGCUACCGGGGCAGGGAGGAGGGCGGGAGGGACGGAGGGAGGCCGCCCAGGCAGCCGGGAGGCCGCCCAUUGGGGCCGCCGCCCCGGCGGGGGUCUCCGCGGGGAAUGGGGGAAGAGGCUUGCUGGGCUGGAGGGAGCCUCGCCUCGGCUGGAAGGCCCCCAAGCUCGGGGAACUGCAACUCCCAGAAUUCCCAGCUGCCCCCUCCACUGAGGGCGCCGCAGCGAUGGGAACUACCGCUCCCAGAGUGCCUCAGCCAGCCACGCUGGCUGAGGCAUUCUGGGAGCGAUAGUUCCCAGCUCCCUGGAGAGGCUAACCGCGGCGCAGCCAGCCAGGCUCUGUUCUCGGCGUUUGGGAUCGGCCGCUCCCGCGGCUCCCGACCCUUGGCCCAGCCGGCACGAUGGAGGGGAGGGGCAGGGCAGGGCAGGGCAGGGCAAUCCCCGCCCCGAGGUCGAGGGCAGCGUACCCGUUCCCACAUUCUGGCAUGUGCAGACCGAGGUGUUAGUGCUGACAGCCCGCCGUUCUCGCUCCAGGUCGCAGCGACCGCAGCCAGGAGCGAGGAGACCCAGGUUCAGGUCCCGCCUCCGCCAGGGAAGCGCGCUGGGCCAGGCGCGCGCUCUCCACCCGGCCUACCUCGCAGGGCUGUCGUGUCGAUCAAGGGGCGGCGAGGAGGGAAACGUGUCGAGCCGCUUCCAAAGAGGCACGUUUCGCGCCCUCAGCCGUCCCGCUCGUUUUCAGCCACGUGGCUGGCGCUGCGGCCGAGCCCGGGUGCCCCCGGCCCAACCCCUGCGCUUGGUCAGCAAGCCAUGAUGGUUUAG